CUUGUAGUCUACUCGUUCAAAUAUUUAUUAGCGAGUGACUGAUAUACAAGCAGGCGAGUUCGAAUGCCUGUACGUUUGGGCCUCCGCGACAAUCGCAAUGAAACAGGCCGUGGUCUGCAGUUCCUGCUUCGGGACGCUGAGCUAUGUAGUACUCAGACGUACGUGGUGACGGUCAACUACUUAUUGUCGUACAUGUCCGGGAAGUGAUCACUCAAGAGCCAUCCAAACGACCUCGUGAUAUCUGGAUCUGCAGAAUGCCGAUUCCGGCAUGCCACUUUCAAUUCUUGACUCUGCUGUGCGUUAGUCGCAAUGAUGCCCUGCAGCUCCGGGGCCAGAGCAGAACCUGUAGCGCAGAAGACGGCGUGAUCCUCAACGAUCUCGGCGAUUGUGGCGAAGGCUGCAAUUACCCCAGAAAUGUUCGCAAAGUUUAAAUUGACGACACCUGGGCGCAUCCAGGUCAUUCCGUCCUCGACCAUCAUCGCCCUCGUAAAACACAAGGUGUGAUUAUGAUGCGUUUUAGCACAACGGCAAAAAGGGACCCCCAUAAGUCAAACGGCGGCGAGUGGCGGCGAGUGGUGCGUAUAUACACGUCAUGCAUGCACUAUCUCACACAAGGUAUUGCCAUGAAUCAGCGCCACCAUCGCUUGCACUUGAAUCCACUGGUCCAUGGUGUUAAUGCUGAAUAUGCCUGCGCCACAAGCGCUGCAGAAUGACUGCGUGCUCGCUUCCAACUCGGUGAUGCCAUAAGGACAGGUCUGGCGCAUGUGCGAAGUGAUUGCCGUCGCGUAGCUCGGCACAAGAUCGGCUGAACUUCGUAAGUUCAGGAAGAAACCUCUCGCGGAGCGAGUCUUCGGGCACGCCCUUCAAGAGAAAGGCAUCGAAGAUGUCUGCCCCGUCCUUGAGAUGUCGAAGCAUGGUGAUGAUCUCCUUCAUUGUCGAGAGCAGCUGGCCCCUGUCCGAAACCCAAAGCUUGGCGAAGACGGAUGGGAGCGCAUCUCCAAUCAACAAAGCGAUCACUUCGUCAAUUUUUCAAUAACAUGUGGCACAUACGGCUCCAGCCAAGGUGAUAACAACUCGUUCCCCUGUGCGGCGUUAAACAUGCACGCCGUCACGAAGCCUCCGAAUAUAUGCAAGACCGAAUGUUCGCAUUGGAAGACGAAUAGUAGCACCGCAACGAUGUGUUCAAUCUCUUUCGUCUUUGAGGCCACAUUGAAAGGCUUUGCCUUUCCGUCCACAAGUUCGAAGAAACUUACUUCCUUGGUCUGCAGGACGUUGUCGAAAACAUCUUACAUCGAGGGUACUGCACGUGGAAACACGCGGCAAACUUAUGAAAAAAAGUCUGCGAGGCUGCGGGCGCUUGGGGCACGCAGCUGACGCACGGCUGUCCGUUCUCCAGGGUGAAGAAGCUGGCAGCAAAGGAGUUGUUUGAUAAGCAUCGACACGUCUGCAAGGCUGAAUGCAGUAGGGAAGUGCCUGUAACCCGACACGAAAGACUGCGUCGAUGCAUUCAUGUAGUCGAGCAUCUUGCGAUGGAGCUUCUCCCAUAACUCCUCGCUCCGCUCCUUACCACUAGCGUUGUGGUAACCCCACCCUGUCACCGCAAUCGUAGGUUUAGAAACUUGUCGUAUUCAGCCUUAAACAAAACAUUCGUGGUCAUCUUGGCCCGGAGCAAGAGAGUGAACUGCUGUGGGAAACUCAGUCCUGGGAGAAUGCCCUCGCCUUCCACAGCGCAAAAUGUGUUGAUCACCGCGCCACAAGACCCGAGGGAGCAAAAUGAGAACAUCACACCAGCACGCAACUGACACACAACCAGUUGGCUAUCAGCGCGAUGCGGAGUGUGUGCCGUCUGCAAUUCGAGGGGAGUCUCUCUGGGCAGCCCCCUUAGCCCAAACGGCUACGGACAGUGCUUGGGCGGCGUUGGAGGCAUCUCGCGCGGUGGGCGCCCGCCGCCGCCUCGCGGGUAUCGCCCCGUGCGCUGGCCGGCGUCCCCAGGCGCC